AUUGGGCAAAGUGACCACCUGCUUAUAGAAGGAACGCCCUAGCAGCGCUGUGCUGACGCAGCGCAUACUUGUUAGUUGCGACAAAGCCUAUUGUACCUAGCCAACUAGAGGAUGUGUCUCUGAAACAGUAGUUUUUAGUUAAGCCCCAAGUUCCGCCAAGCCAGGUUUGCCUGGGAGUGCGGUAUGUCAGCCGUGGGCAAGGAGACGGUGGCCGCAGCAGCGGCGCCCUCGGCGUCCCAAUCCAGCAAGGAUGAGGGCGUCGUGGCAAAGAAGAGCGGCUGGGCACAAGUUUUGAAGCAGGAGCCCAAGCCCAAGACAGGAACUGUAGAGGCUAAGGAGGAGGCUAUCAUCCAGGAGAGCGUUCAGCCGGCGCCGCCUCGCGCAAGCAGCAAUGACGAGAAGAAAUCCGAGCCCAAAGCCCCUCAAACAGAAGACGUAGCAGUAGCGCCUGCGAAGGAGCCCCAGGCUGAGGCUCCUGCUCCAGCUGGCGUAACCAAGCCUGCCACGCAGCCCGAGCAGACGGGCAAGGUGGCGGCCACAGAGGAGGGACCAGAGCGAAGCUCGAGCGCAAAUAUUGAUGACAAGCCAAAGGAUGCCUCGAGCAAGCCUGCUAGCAAGCCCGCAUGGAAGAAGCCUGCCCCGGAGCAACAAGUUGCGCCGCUAAGCGAUGUGGCCCAGUCUGAUUGGCCAACGUUGGGCGACUCCAAACAGCCAGUGAAGAAGAGGGAUCGCCAGGACGGGCAGCCAGCCAGCAGCGGCGGCAGUGCCCCUGCAGCCACGGAGACCGCACCGAAAGAGAAGGAGCCGGUUGGCAACGUGAAUGCCGGUAAGGGCAAGGGCAAGCCCAUGAAGAUGCCUGUGUCAGCGCUGCAGGAGAGCCUGAGCAACAGCGGGCGCCCGGCUGAGGGUGGUGAGGAGGCCAACACUAAAACGGAGAAGGGGCAUGCAGUAAGCACCAGCAGCUCUGGCCACCCUACCAGUGGCGGUAGCGGAAGGGGUGCGGGUUCUUCCGGGCGCGGUGGUGGCAGUGGAGGCCGCGGCAGUGGCGGCAACGCUUCGGGCAACCGUGAGGGCCGACGCAACAACUUUGCAUCGGAGGGUCAGGCAGAUGCCGCGCCGUCCUGGACGCGGAAGUCGGAGCUGGCCACUACCUCGGCCGCAGCUGAGGGCAGCAGCUCGAGGGGCGAGGGGAGAGCAGGCGGCCGCGGUGACGGUGGCCGCAGCGCGGAGGGCGGCCGCGGCGAUGGUGCUCGCGGCGAAGGAGGCCGUGGGGAGGGCAGCCGUGGCGAGGGCGGUCGCGGGGAGGGCGGUCGGGGUCGCGGACGCGGUCGUGGAAGCAGCGGUGGCCGUGGCUCCAGUGCGCCUGCACCGUUCAACAGCAGCAGCAGCUCGAGCAGCGCACAGGCCCCAGCAGCGCAGACGAACACCAACACCAUGGGUCCCUACAUCUCAGCACCUGCGCCACCCACUGCACAGCAAGCGCAGUUCAACUACCCCGGCUACUACGCCGGCGGUAUGUUCUUCCCCGCCGCGCCGUUCAACGGCAGUGGAAACACCGAUAAGGCGCAGACCAAGCAGAUGGUUACCGAAGCAGUUCGCAAGCAGAUUGACUACUACUUCAGUGUCGAGAACCUGUGCAAGGAUAUUUUCCUGCGCUCAAAGAUGGACGACAACGGUUGGAUUCCCCUGGCCGUGGUGGCCAACUUCAACCGCGUACGCAUCCUCACCCUCGACUGGACGCUUAUUGUCGACGCGAUCGCUGACUCGCCCAUCGUGGAGGUGUCCAGCGACAGCACCAUGCUGCGUGCACGGGAGAACUGGGACCGCUGGAUACUUCCGCCUCAGCAGCGAGACCUGUCGCACAACCCUGCCGCCAUCAAGGCGGCGCCAGCUGCCCCGGCCGCUCCGGCCACAGAUGCCAACAGCCCCGCGUCCAACAAGAGCGCUUCGCAGGCGGGCUCUGCCAGCCCUGCCGCAGCUGCCAAGGCCCCCAAAGGCGGAGACGUGAAGCCAGCGGCGGCUGGAGAGCAACCAGUGGUGGCUGAGCAGCCAGUGGCUGCUGCUGCUGCUGUGGCGGCUCCGGUGGCGGCUGAGGCGUCAAUUUCACCACUGGCAGCGGCUGCGGGCGGCGGCUCGGUGCCAAAGGCUGUGAUGACACCGCCGCCGAAGCAGGCUGCCGCGGCCCCGGUUGCCUUCACGACGCCGCGUGCCGCCGCCUCGGCCCCUAAGGCCGCGCCUGCAAAGCAGGCCAAGGCGGAUGCUGACGACGAGGAUGAGGACUUGUUCGCCAUGGAUGAGGAUGAGGACGCUGCUGCUCAGCGCGAUGAGCAGGAGGACGUUGUGAACGCCAUGAGCGAUCGCGACGUCUUGGAAAAGCUUAUUGUCGUGACACCUUCGCGGAAGAUUGGGCCGCCCGGGAGCGGCAAGCUUGACAACACCUCCAGCCGCCUGAUUGCAGACGGGUUGGCCAUGUACGAGCAGGAGCUUGCGGAGCAGGUGCACAAGUCCUCCUCCCGCCACCAUUCCUCGAAGCCGCCCAAGGGCCCCCACGCCGGCGCCAGCAGCCGGCAAGCACCUCCGAUCCAGGGCAUGCACUUCUACGGCUCCUCGCUGCCCAAGAGCUCCGGCAUGGGCGGACACAGCUACAGCCGCGGCGCACACAAGCGCCUGGGCGACUCCCUGUCGGGUACCUCGCCACCGAAUGGCGGCGCCGUGGGUUGGCUCAUGGGCGCAACGCCUCCCGAUGGCAACGGCCUGUACGGCAGCAGCCCCAGCGGGUCCAUGGCCUCGAGCUUUGGCGGCUCGUACAAGCGGCACGGCGGCAUGCUGGGCUCCUCGCCCAGCGGCCGGGGCGGCGCCAGCGGCAGUGUGCCCAUCCCCAAGUUCCAGCACCCUUCGUACGCGCUGCUGGAGGAGAACGGCUUCAAGCAGAUCAAGUACAUGAAGUGGUUCAAGCGCUGCAUUGAGGACCGCUCCGUCAAGGGCGUUGGUCAGAGCGAGGAGAUGAACACCCUGUUCCGCUUCUGGUGCUACUUCCUGCGCGACAACUUCAAUGAGAAGAUGUACAUUGACUUCCGCAAGUACGCGGAGGAGGACGCAGCGGCGCGCUACCACUACGGCAUGGAGUGCCUCUUCCGCUUCUACAGCUACGGCCUGGAGAAGACGUUCCGGGCGGAUCUGUACAAGGAGUUUGAGGAGAUGACGCUCAAGGAAUUUGACACGUACGACAGCCUGUACGGCCUGGAGAAGUUCUGGGCGUUCCACUACUACGCCGGCUUCCCCAAGGACAGCAACUUGGAGAUCCACUCCAGGUUGAAGGCGCUCCUGGAGACGGAGUACAAGUCGUCGGAGGACUUCAAGCGCGAGAACCAGCGGCGCCAGGCGGAGAAGAAGGCCAACGCCGCGAAGGCCGAGGACAAGACGGCCGCAGGGGAGAAGGCGGCCCAGGCGAGGCUGUCGUAAAGGCGACAGCAGCGAAGGGGUGGCGGCCCCCAGGGAAGCAGAGACCCUCUUGCACAUUGGUAGUUACCGAGCAUGUAUUGCGUCGCUGCGCGCGAGUAACGG